ACAUGGCACGACUACCGAGCUCGCUGGGAUCCAAUGGAUUAUGACAACAUCACUGAUCUAUCACUGGGCCUCAGUGAAAUAUGGACGCCCAAGAUUCUUCUGAGUAACGGGUCAGGUCAUCCACAAGACACAUUGCGCGAUGCAACUGUCGGAGUUUCCAUUCGAUCGACAGACCUGCUGGCUGACCUUCUCAUCCCAGAAUAUGCCGAAGGACUGAUUACCCUUCGUGCCGGCGCCAGCAGUGUGUAUGGUCUUGAGAUAACCAGUCAGUGGCGCCCCCUCGAACUGUACGGCGUGGUGCCUGAAUACGUUAUUGGUUCACGAACCUACCAAUUAUUAGGUUUGAAAUUCACCGCCGAGCGGCUUCCUCAUUACACCCUGAUGAAUGUGGCCCUGCCAUCUGGGGCCAUGACGUUCAUCUCACUGUGGGUCUUCUGGUUACCCCAGAGAGUGGAGAGAAAGUGA